AUAUUCCGGUUCGCACGCGCCUGAAUUAAAAUCCGCGUGAAAGAGAUUGACAUGUUGGGACAUGCCCGUUCAUCUGUCAGCGCGCGCGCGCGCACACACAGACACACACACCGGAGAGACUGAGCAGUAGCGUGAGAACCCGAGCGGAGCGCGCGAGGAUUUAACGGGGAUCCAGGGAGCUGAGUGAAGAUGGACUGUGCAGAUGACGAGUUUUCUCUUCAUGGUGAAUGUCGGCGGUGUCCACGCUGCCCCCCGGGACACGAACUGGAACAGGACUGUGGGUAUGGGGUGGGCGGAGCCAGUGUGUGUGGUGUGUGUGAUCGACGCUGGUUUAAGGAGGAUUGGGGCUCACACUCGUGCAGGAUGUGUCAGAACUGCCGGCGCCUUAACAGACAGGAAAUCACACCGUGCACACACACACACAAUGCCGUAUGUGGAGACUGUCUGCCUGGGUUCUACAGUAAAAGGAGAUUGGACGGACUGCAGGAUUUGGAGUGUUUGCCAUGUGGUUCCGCCCACAUCAGACACACACAGUGCGGUACCACUGUUGAAGCAUGGAGUUCCGAAGCCCCACCCCUCAACACUGCCGCUAUGAUGACUGCUUGUGUGAUGGCUGUUACCAUGGCAGCCGUUUUAUUGAUCAUUAUGGUUAUGACGUACAGAGGAUUUAACACACUCCGGAAAACACUUAAAGGCUGUUUAUCGCGCCCCAGUCACUGUGACAUUGCGGCUACCUCCGUUUCCGUAGCGACGGAGUACAGCGUGACCCAGGAAGCAGAAUAUGGUUGUUUGGGGCUCGCUUCCACCCCGCUUCCUGCAGCACGCGGUGCCCUCUUCAGUGACAUCACUUCCUGCGCGGUCGUCACCCAGGCGACAGGGUCACACGACGGCUGGUCGGGGUGGGCGGGGCACGGUCCGGUGGAGUGCACGGAGCGGGAGAUAUUACACGGAGAGAAGAGGACACUGACGUCUGACGUCUCGCGUGAAACAGACAACACGAGCACUUCUCUACAGGGAGCGUGUUUACAUCAAGAACUUUUACAGCAGGAACACCUACCAGGAGCUGAUGCUACAGCUAAUACCGCUAAUACAGCUAAUAAUGAGUGCUAAAGUGGCUAAUCAUGCUAACUGUAGCACCACAAUGCUGAAUCGAUAUCAAGUCCAUUCAUCAUGCUAAUACUGGCAGCAGAAUGAGUAUUAGCACUGCUAAUGCUAGCUCCUGACAUGGCUAAUUACUGUAUAAUUUGGGAUGCUAACUAUAGCAGCAAACAGUGAUCGGUGGUUGUGUGAGUGAUAUUUCAGGAAUCUGUUGUUUGUUUGUUUUUUUACAGUGAUUACAGACAUUAUGAUAAAUGUGAUACUGGUGCUAAUGGUGCUGCUAAUUACUGCAACGUCUUUUACUGUAAUUACUGUCUGAGGUGAGGUCAGACGUAUGCUAUUGUUCAGCACUGGCAUUGCUAACAGCAACACUGUCACUAGCUCAACAGGUUUUACCUGAAGAAACACCCGAGUCUCUUUCCCCUGAAUUACUUCCAGAUUUUUCCACACGUGUCUCUUUUGUUUUUUUUUUUGUUUUUUUACACAAUAUUCAGUAUUUUAUUUGACAUUUUACAAAAUUUUACAGUAUUUUUACUUUAUUAUUUGUUUUGUACUGUGGUCACUUUGAGUCUGAAUCUGCUGCUUUUACUGUUGUUUUUUUUUUUUUUAAUAUAUUUUUGUUAUUUUGUUGUAAACUUUAUGAAACAUUGCUUUAUAUAAAAAUUUUGUAGCAAAAAAGAAAAUAAAAACAGAUCGUAUGUUGUUAA